AUGCUGGGGUCUGUCUCACGGCCUGAGCUCAGCUACUCCAAACCCACCAUCCCCCUGCGCCCCAGCGGGCGGGUCGCCCUAGGGGGAGCCAUGACCGUCCGGUGUCGCGGUUGGCACCAGAACAUGAGGUUCCUUCUGUACAAAGAUGGGAACAGUCCCCUACAAGUCUAUGAAUCUAUGAAUUGGAACGUGCUGCAGGAUGCGGCGCCUGCUGGGGACGUGUCUGAGUUUCCCAUCAGCAAUGUGAGCCCAAUACAUGGAGGGAGCUACAGCUGCUAUUAUCACAGCAAAUCAGACCCGCCCGUCUGGUCGCACCCCAGCAACCCUGUGGAGCUGGUGUUAGCAGGCUCUCGGAGGGAGUUUGGCUGA